ACCUGUGACUUUGAUGGUGUGAGGCGCCUGUGCUUGCUGACUAAUGAUCUUCAGCACAUAAUUGAUGUUCCUGGGAAGAAAUAUUAAUCAGCGACUUGGGAAUAUCAGUGAGAUGCUGAAAAAGCUGUUUUCAACGUACAUUAGGCAAAAAAUGGAAUUUGCAGCUGCUGUGUGGUGUCAGCACCUUAAAGCAUGUUAAUUAGACAUAAGUGCAAAGAGGAGUUGGAAAAUGGACCCUAGAGCUAGAUAAAAGACUGAAAACACUAAAGGUGCUAACUGAUAGGAGGAAAAGAGGAGAUAUGAUAACAACAUAUAAGAUGUGAAAGAAUAGAUAAAGAAGUUUAGUAUCUUCAAUGGAGAGACUGUAACUAGAGGCCACAGAUAUAAAUUAAGGACUUGAGUCCUGGAGAGAGAAAAAUGUGAGAAGUUGGCAACAUUAUUUAAUUUUUAUUUAGUUUGUUGUGUUCAUUAAGUUUGAUUUUUUUUUUUAUAUAACUUAAAUAAAAUGAAGAAAGUUAUCAUCCCAGCUAAUGGUAAAAGUAUGCCACCUCUUGUAAUGGUGGGGCCAGCAGAGGCAGCAAAGUCUCUGCCUACACAUGUCCAGCCUAUACUACUAAAGACAUUUAAAGCACCAGCACAAGCCAGUCAGCCAAAGCUCAAUACUCAGUCCAUGGUUUUGAAAAUGAAUCCGCCAAACUCAAAUAAUGCCUCAAACAUGUGCUUCAUGCAGACCUCGGUUGGAAAGAAAGUUUUGCUGACCAAUGUAAAUACUUCUACACCCUCAAACAAAGUUUUAUUAGUUCCCAAAACUAAUGCUCCACCUGUCAUAUCGUCAUCAGCUGCCACUCCACCGCAGAUCAGUCCAGUGGCUUCUGCAAAUGCUCCUUGCACAGUUGUUUUCCAGCCCUCAUCAUCAACUGUAGCAUCUCCAGGGAUAGCAGUGCCAACAAGCCAGCCCAUAAUGUUGAAAGUUUCUGGCUUGGCUCCACUUGUAGUUCAGCAUACCCCCCUGGCACCAGUAGUGAGCAUUAAACAUGAGCCAGGAAUAGAAGACUCACAAAUGAUAACUGUUAUCAGCAAUUCCACCACUACACCCACUACCACUACUACUGUAACCCAGCCUAUCACAUCCAUAUCCCCUAAUUCUAGCCCCUUUGUGAUUUUAAAGGGCACAACACUUUUAAGGUAGUAGGGAAGCCCGUCCCUGUAAAGCUCAAUCCCCGAUUUCAGAAGAUAGCACCAAAAGCUCAAUUUUUUACUGGGCCAUUCUCACAACCACUUCAUUUGCCCAUUCUCAAGAAAGUUGACACUACACAAAAUGUGCAAUCUUCUCCUUCUACCAAAAAUGGAAUGUCAAGUAAACCACCUGCUUAUUUAAAUAUUCAGGUCAAGGAUGAGCCUCAAGAGGCAGCAUCCGGUGAAGCUAUUACUCUAGAUGGUGUGCACAUCAAGGAGGAGAGACUAGACCUGCAGUCAGAACAGGAGGCAACUUUCCCGGAGGCAACUGAGGAUGCCUCUGGUGUCAAUUCCAUCUUAGAUGUCAGAAUCAAAGAGGAACCAAAGGAUGAGCAGUGUGAAUUGUUGGCCAAAGAUGAGCAGUUGAGACAAGUGCUGGAAGUGACAAACAACAACAUCAAAGUGACUCCUCAACCCAAGUUCUUCAUCCGGACAUCCGAGGGAAAACUGGUAUCUAUUUCACCUGAGGAAGCAGAAGCUCUGGGCUUAGAUCACAAAGAUAAGGUAGAAAAUAACCAGAAAAAGCUUUUGAAUGCACUCUCUUCUAUUAAGAAUUUUACAUUUCAGAACACUUUUGAACAGCAGGAUUUGAAUAAAAAGCCAGAAGCUGUUGCUCUCAUCCCAGAUGACGUCAACGUUAAAGAUUAUGUCAACUGUCAUGUUCCGCCAGCUGCAGAAAAAACAGCUACUCUAAUGAAGAACCUGCAUAACAAGAGUCUUCGAACAAAUGCCAAGUAUGUAAUUGCUCCUAAGAGCAAUACAACAAUAAUUGGAGAAUACACAGUAUCAGAACGGCGUUUCCUCCGAAUCCGUAUUGGAACUGAACGAGACAUUUGUGACAUUCCUAUAACCCCUCUCAACGCUUAUCAGUGUCCUUUUUGCACUAGAAACUUCAAAACUAAGGAUCACCUAAUUUCCCACAUACGAGUGCAUACAGGUGAAAGACCAUAUCCCUGUGAUGUAUGUGGAAAACGGUAUCGUCAGAGAAUUGACAUUACUCGUCACAUGCGCAUUCACACUGGUGAAAAGCCGUUUACUUGUGGAUUGUGCAAUGCCUCUUUUAAUCAGAAGUCUAAUUUACGAUCUCACAUGAGGAUUCAUACAGGUGAGCGCCCUGUUCAGUGUAGAGUAUGUGGGAAGGGAUUUUCACGUAAUACUCACCUAAAACAGCACAUGAAGCUUCAUACUGGGGAGAAACCAUUCCAGUGUAGUGUGUGCUUCCGCCCAUUUCGCUUCAAGUCUGGGCUUCAAGCUCAUGAGCGCAUUCAUUCAGGGUUAAAACCUUAUGCAUGUAGCUUAUGUGGCAGAUCAUUUACUCAAAUAGUAGGACUGAUUCGUCAUGAGCGCACACACACUGCUGAGAAACCAUUCCGCUGCCAGAGUUGUGGGAAGUCAUUCAAUAGUCGUGAUAUUCUGAAAGCUCAUGUUAAAAAACACACCAGUGAAAGACCCUAUACCUGUGACUUGUGUGGAAAAACAUUUACUGAUCAGGCAGCAUUGCGAUGUCACCAAAAGAAAUACCAUACUAAUAUGUUACUGUGUGUAAUAUGUCUUAGGGAAGAUUUUAAAGGAUCGCAUAGAGCUUAGAGAACAUCUUCGUGCACAUGAAAGAGAAAAUUGGGAAGAAACUCCAGAAGGUGAUCUUGUGCCAAUCAUACGACAUGACAAUUCUCAACAUAUUGUCAGCAUUGAUGACACAAUGGAGAAUUUAAUGGACAGUGACGAAGAUAUAAAUGUGGUAAAUGAUGUCAUGGUUAAAGAUGGUGCUGAAGAAAUCCAAGUUGAGGUGGAACUUGAUCCAGAUGACCCAAUGGAAUCUGAUGAGAAUACUGUUGAUGAGGAGGAGGAAGAUGUGAGUGAGUAUGAAGAACAUGAACUGCAAAUUGAAGAAUCAGAUCCUUUGGCUUAAUCAGUGUAUUUGCUUCCAAGGAAACUUUUAACUUGAAAUGCUCACUUGCACGAUCAUCCUUGAAAAAUUAGUGUUAUUGGUAUGGUGCAUUGCGUUACACUUGCAUCCAUAUUUUUUAAAUAUGUAAAGGUUCAGUUCAAAAUUUAAUUUGAAUAUUUUUAUUAAAUUAUUGCAUAUUACAUUGUUCGAAGCCCUGCGAAUAUUUUCAGUAGCUGGGUACUCUGUCUUUGCUUACUUUUAGUUACAUGUAUAGUGGUAUCAUGUUUCUUAACUGAUAUAUAGUUGAUUUUACUAUUAAUAGCUUUUAGCUUAAGAAUGUCCUAUGCAUCCCUUCAGUGUAAAGAUGGUAGCCAAGAAAUUAUAUAACAUGGGAACUCCUGUUACGUGUGCCUUACAGUGCCUUCUUGACUCAGUAUGUUACAUAAUUUUUGUAUUUUUUGUAUUCUAAAAGUUAUUGAUAGUUGCAGUUAUACAAGUAUAAUAUAGAUUUGUAUUAGAUGUUUUGUUACAUGGCCAGAGUUAAAAUGCAUUUACAAAAGAAGUGUGUAUUAGAUCAGAUUGUUCUAGAAAUGUCACCGUCGGUAAUUUCUCAAUGAUACUGAAAUAUGUUAGGGAGUGUAACAUGAAAAACAUUAAUUGUUAGGUAGGGUUUUAAAGCACUUAACAAAUGCUCCUUUCAUUUUCAUUUCCUAAUACUGUAUAGAAUAUUACUAGUUUUAGUUGACAAUAUGACAAUUCCAGCAAGCACUUCAGAACUAUUAACUAACAUAUAAACUUCAGUUACUUGUAACUUUAAAAUUAGCCAGAUUUCUCUUUCUAGAUAAAUCCUACAUUCAGACUUGAAUUAAUAAUGUGCUUAUAUAGUAAACAGAUUGCACCAAUUAUCAUUUAUAGAUGUAAUAGAACUUAUAACAUAGCUUUAUAAAAAAUAAAUUACUGUUGUGUGUCUAACACACUUAGAAAUACAAUGGACACUUCAACUGAUUCAAAUAUUUAAAGGGAAAAAAGGUGAGUGGUGCGUUGAGGUAUAUGUGGAGUCAAAAAACGUUAUCUAUGGAGGCAAAGAAGGGAAUGUAUGAAAGUAUAGUAGUACCAACACUCUUAUAUGGGUGUGAAGCUUGGGUUGUGAAUGCUGCAGCGAGGAGGCGGUUGGAGGCAGUGGAGAUGUCCUGUCUAAGGGCAAUGUGUGGUGUAAAUAUUAUGCAGAAAAUUCGGAGUGUGGAAAUUAGGAGAAGGUGUGGAGUUAAUAAAAGCAUUAGUCAGAGGGCAGAAGAGGGGUUGUUAAGGUGGUUUGGUUAUUUAGAGAGAAUGGAUCAAAGUAGAAUGACAUGGAAAGCAUAUAAAUCUAUAGGCGAAGGAAGGAGGGGUAGGGGUCGUCCUCGAAAGGGUUGGAAAGAGGGGGUAAAGGAGGUUUUGUGGGCUAGGGGCUUGGACUUCCAGCAAGCGUGCAUGAGCGUAUUAGAUAGGAGUGAAUGGAGGCGAAUGAUACUUGGGACCUGACGAUCUGUUGGAGUGUGAACAGGGUAAUAUUUAGUGAAGUGAUUCAGGGAAACCGGUUAUUUUCAUAUAGUCGGACUUGAGUCCUGGAAAUGGGAAGUACAACGCCUGCACUUUAAAGGAGGGGUUUGGGAUAUUGGCAGUUUGGAGGGAUAUGUUGUGUAUCUUUAUACGUAUAUGCUUUUGAACUGUUGUAUUCUGAGCACCUCUGCAAAAGCAGUGAUAAUGUGUGAGUGUGGUGAAAGUGUUGAAUGAUGAUGAAAGUAUUUUCUUUUUGGGGAUUUUCUUUCUUUCUUUGGGUCACCCUGCCUCAGUGGGAGACGGCCGACUUGUUGAAAAAAAAAAAAAAAAGUAAUUUAAGUCAGACUGAUGGGUCUUGAAACUCAUUGUCCAAUAUCUUUAAUGGUACAUAAAGGAGAAUCUUGAAGUUAUAGAAAAGUAACAUUUAUAAUUACAGCAAGUCUGAUAAUUAAAUUAGUUCUGGCUCAUGUAAUGACAUUAUUGAUUAUUUAUUCUUAUAUUAGCACAUUUAUGGGGCAUUGCUGUUAUUUAGUUUUAUUCCUUAUAUCACCUGUUAUGCAUAAAAUUAAACUAGAGAAAUGAGACUUGCUGAUUGUGAAGAAAGAAUGGUGUCACAUUGAUGAUGGUAGAUCUGCAGAAGUGUCAUAUGGCAUAUACAUUAGAUCUGCAGUAACAUCAUGCAGGGUAUACUGUAGAUGGGCAGUAGUGUCAUGCAGAGUAUGGUAGUUGUGCUUAAGGAUAUGCAAAACUCUUGCAUAAUACUGUCUUCCAUAUUUGCCAAUAUCUCUAAUAAACAUAUUUUCAUUAUUAAAUGGAAGUUAAUAUUUUUUUUUUGAGAUUAUUUGAUGUACUUUUUCUAAACGUAUUUUUGUAUUGUGAUGGAUAUUGCAUGUGAUGCAGUACAUGCACAGUGAAAUUACUUGCUAGGAUAUCUCUCAAGUUGUCAAGUAUUUUUUCCAAUUGUGCCUUGCAUUUUACCAUUUGGAAAUAAACUCAACGAGCUAA